UCUCUCCCUCCUCUUCUUCUUCCCAAGCUUAUUAUUUCCAACUUCCAGUUUCCGAUCCAAAAACCAAACCGGUUUCACACUCAAAACCAACAUUAACGGCGUUAUAUAAUGACGUCAGGCACGAGAUUACCAACAUGGAAAGAAAGAGAGAACAAUAAACGGAGAGAAAGACGUCGUAGAGCAAUCGCAGCUAAGAUCUUUGCUGGACUUAGAAUGUAUGGUAAUUAUAAGUUACCUAAACACUGUGAUAAUAAUGAAGUUUUAAAAGCUUUGUGUAAAGAAGCUGGUUGGAUCGUUGAAGAAGAUGGUACCACUUACAAAAAGGGAUGCAAGCCAGUACAACGCAUGGAUAUCAUAGGUUAUUCAGCAUCUGUUAGCCCCUGUUCAUCGUCUUACCAACCGAGUCCAGGUGCUUCAUAUAAUCCAAGCCCUGCUUCAUCAUCUUUCCCUAGCCCAGUCUCAUCCCAUUACGUUACGACUGCCCAAAAUGAUCAUGAUCCUAAUACACUAAUUCCUUGGCUUAAGAAUCUCUCAUCUGGAUCAUCGUCUUCUUCAUCCAAAUUUCCCCACCAUUUGUAUAUUCCCGGGAGCUCUAUUAGUGCGCCUGUUACUCCGCCUUUGAGCUCUCCUACAGCUCGUACUCCUAGGAUGAGCGACGAUCCCAUGGCAACUUCAAUGUGGGCACAACAACAUUAUCCCUUCUUACCAUCCUCUACCCCAGUUAGUCCUGGUCGUCAAACACCACCAGAUUCAGGUUGGCUUUCUGGGGUUCAAACUCCGCAAGACGGGCCUUCGUCUCCCACGUUUAGCCUCGUCUCACCAAAUCCAUUCGGAUUCAAGGAGCCAAUAUCAAAUGGAGGGUCUCGGAUGUGGACACCAGGGCAAAGCGGGACAUGUUCUCCAGCUAUCGGGUCAGGUAUCGACCAAACAGCUGAUAUACCAAUGUCGGAUGCUAUUUCAGCAGAGUUUGCAUUUGGCUGCAAUAUGAAGGGAUUAGUGAAGCCAUGGGAAGGCGAAAGAAUUCAUGAAGAGUGUGUGACUGAUGAUCUCGAGCUUACACUUGGGAACUCAAGCACUAGGUAGAGAAGUACAAGAGAAAUCUAUUUAUUCAUUGAUGUGAUCAUAGACAUACCUUCAAAUUUGCAGAUUUGCAGUUGACUUAUUAUGUUGAUCACUUCUGAAUGUGAAGAUGUUCUGUUAGUAAAACCAACUUAAGAUGCACAGUAGAAACAAAUGUUACAUUUUCUUGUAGAUUGAAGUAUUAAAACCUCAUGGGGAUUUACUACCCCAAUUUUUUACAUUCUUUUUUAUUCUACCCCGUUCAAGAUUGCCUUUUUUUUGUUUUUUGUUUUUUGCUUUCUAGUUGUAAUUGUUCACAUGAUACAGUAGCAGGACUGAAAUUAGACCGAGUGUUGUGAUCGUCACGAGG